AUGGAAAAGAUCCCCAAGGAUAUUUCGAGCUCAAUUGCCCAUAUUAAGAAACUUAGUGAUAGCAACUGGCACACCUGGGAGCCUACUUUCAUCAACUGUCUGCAACGAGUAUGCAAUGUGAAGGAAAUCCUGUAUGGCAAGAUAGCACCGGGAAGUGAGGGGUAUGACAAGGACUUGGACAAGGCACUUGUAGGUCUUAUCCAUGCCUCCUGCGACCACAGUCCAGAGAGCUGCAUUGAUACAUACACCAUUAGGGGUGCAGAUGAACAUGUCCAACUUGGUAGUACACUAUAUGCUAAGCUCAAAAAGGCGCUAACAUUGAACGACGCAGUAAAACGAGUGGGCCUGCAGGACUGCAUCCACACUGUACGACUGUACAAUUCACAAGAUUGGUUCUAUGCCAACUCUGUCGAUGCACUCAAGACAGCCAAACCAGAUUGUAAGUAUGACGAAGCCUACCAUGCAUUAGCAAAGAAGCAACAGGAUGCCCCUCCUAAGUGCUAUGCUUGUGGAGGGCCUAAUCACAUUGCUUGCAACUGCACAAACACCAACAACAACUCUGCACCGAGUAUGGGUGGACCCACCACCAAUCCAGCACAGGAAGCAAUGAUCAGCGGAGAUAAGCAACCAACAUUGGAUACCUGGAUUGUUGAUUCGGGUGCAACACACCACAUGGUGAAUGAUGAAAGAAUGCUACUCACCUCGACAAGCAAGGAUGGUCAAAUCUGUACAGCUGGAAAUGAAAGGCUUCAAGUGAAGGCCAUAGGAGACACCUCCCUUCGGGUUGGCAAUGUAACCCUUCAACUAUUGGAUGUGCUCUAUGUGCCGAAACUUAAUUCUAAUUUAUUAUCAGUACAAGGUUUGAUCGAGAAUGGUGCAUGGGUAACUUUCGAUGAGUUUGGGACCAUCAUUAAGCAAAACGACAGCACACAAAUACAAUACAAGAGGAACAGAAGAAAAGGGCAGUUCGAAGUGCAGGGAAAAGCACUAGCCCUGGAGUUGGAAGAGACACUCGACGAUGUCCCAGAGGACAACCAGAACACAGGGAGACACAACGACGUCCCAGAGGACAAUAAGAACACAGGAAACCGAGACAACAACUCGAAGGAAGACAAAGAUAGCAACCUCUGGCAUGAGAGGUUUGGACACCCAGGACGAGAUAAGACAAGGCAAAUCCAGGUGCACUACCUUGGCACUGAUGAGAGAAUGGAGCAUGAAUCAAAGCACUGCAACACAUGCAGUCAAGGAAAACAGACCCGAGUGCAGAUGAGCCAAUUGGAGUUGAAGAGAGCGGAGGCACCACUAGAGUUAGUACAUGUAGACUUGAUGACAGAUCUUAAGGGCCAUGCCAACUACCACUAUGCACUAGUUGCUGUGGACGACUUCUCCUCCCUGAUCCAUGUGGAACCACUCUGCACUAAGAGUGCUGCACUCCUGGCGCUGAGAAGGUGGAUCACCAGGAUGGAACGAGCAACAGACAGGAAACUCAAAACGCUCCGCAGCGACAAUGGAGGAGAGUGGUGCAGCUUAGGAGCUGAAGACUGGCAAACUCAAGAGGGUUUCAAGUGGCAAAAGAGCAUCCCGGGGAUCAGUGUCCAGAAUGGACGGGCAGAGAGAGUGAUCAGAUUGGUCCAAGAAAAGAUGCACUCAAUGCUCAUUGGUCGAGCUUGCCCCAGAGAGUUGUGGCCAUAUGCAAUCACAGCAGCAGCACAUGUGAUGAACCUCACCCCAUCAGCCACCAAGACCAUCCCCCAUGAGGCCUUUUAUGGAACCACUGCACACAAGCUGGCCCAGCAGCUGCGAGUCUUCGGAUGCUUGGCAUGGGUCCAUGUUCAAUGGAAGGAUCAGCAGGGCAAGUAUGGGGCUAGAGCAAAGCCAGCCAUCAUGAUUGGAUACAAUGAUGAGCACAAAGCAUGGAAGUUUUGCAACCCGGAUCAGCCUGCAUCAAUUCAAUGGAGCAACUCAGCAACAUUCCAUGAGGACAAAGGAUGGAGUGAUCGCCAACAGGAGGCAGUCCAGCCCAUGGCAACCAUGGAGGUUGAGGAGGAGGGUGUCACACCAGCCAUAGUGGAGGAUCCCCUACCAGCUGUAGACAGCACAGUAGGCGCCACCAACACAGCAGUACUGAACCUGGACCUGACACUUGGGGAAGCAAUGAAUGGUGAGGAUGCCCAGCUCUGGAAGGAGGCAAUAUGA